ACUUCCUAUCCCGUCACCAUGGUGCUCUGAGCCUCAGCUGACUGCCUGUAAUUUACCAAGGGCUAAGCUUCUACUCUUUCCAGAUCUCUCCUUGAGGUACGGAGAUAAUAUUUUAUCUUUGCAGAUUUGAGACGUGCAACCAAUUCAGUCAUGGAUUCAGCUUCUAGGGCUGCUUGCAAUGGAAUGACUGAAAGGAGAACAGUUUCUCUGGUUGCUGAGGCACAUGGGAAGCAGGUUUUGAAUGUACUUCAGAACUUCCGGGAACAAAACAUAUUCUUUGACUUCACUAUAUUUGUCAAAGGAGUAAACUUUCCAUGUCAUAGGUGUAUUCUGGCUGCAUGCAGUGAUUUCUUCAGAGCCAUGUUUGAAGUUCACAUGAGGGAAAGAGAUGAUGGAAGUGUAAAAAUCACUAAUUUAUCUCCGGAAGCUGUGAGGGCAUUUCUGGAUUUUGCUUAUACAGGGCAUGCAGAGAUAUCAGAGACCAAUGUUGAAAUGUUCUUCCAGAUGUCUUCAUUUCUUCAAGUGUCCCUGCUAGCUAAAGCCUGCAGUGAUUUUCUGAUCAAAACCCUUGAUCUCACCAACUGCUUACAACUUUUGUCUCUCUCUGAGGGUUAUGGUUCUACUACUUUGUACAAUCAUGCUUUGCUAUUUGUAGUGCAGCACUUCUCUCUUCUGUUAAAAUCAAAUGAUUUCUUAGAAAUGAAUGCUGGACUACUAGAAAAAUGCCUUGAAGCUGAUGCAUUGAACGUCCCUGAUGAGGACACUGUUUUGAAUGCUGUUCUUCAGUGGACUCAAUAUGAUGUUGACACGAGAGAAAAGCAUUUGCUUCACUUGAUUAAUCUUGUGAGAUUGCAUCAGCUAUCUAAAGAAACUCUGGAGGAUUUUAUGAGGUCCGAAAGUUUACUAGCAAAUAAUCCUGAAUGCAUGGAAUCCAUUCGUGAUGUUCUCGAUAAACUUGAAGAGCUUAAUGGGCUCUUUCCUGAUGCAAGACCAUCCACAACAGAAAAAUACAUAUUUGUUCACAAAACUGAAGAAAAUGGUGUGAUUAAGCAUACAUUUUGCUAUAACAUUGAAAGUGAUACCUGGAAGGAGUUGCCUGCUACAAAUAUUAUUGAUUUUCCAGGGUCAAGUUUGGUUACCUUUGGAGAAAAAAUAUUUAUUACUGGAGGAUGUAAGAUCAGCUGCAGUAAAUCUAUACGAUUGCACAUUGCAGAAAGAUGUCAUGAUGCAACUGACCAGACAUGGUGCUAUUGCCCAAAGACAAACAAUUUCACUUCAGUUUCAUCCAUGAAAAAUUCUCGGACCAUGCACACAUCGGUUAUUGCAAUGGAUCAGCUUUUUGUAGUAGGUGGGAAAACCAGAGGAACACAAGAAAUCCGGAGUCUUCUAAAUGUUGAAUCCUACAACCCUCUAACCAAAGAAUGGAGAUCAGUGAGCCAUUUGCCAAGAGGAAUUUAUUAUCCAGAAGCAAGUGCUUGCAAUGACAUUAUCUAUGUUCUUGGAUCUGAAGUGGAAAUAGCUGAUAUCUUUAAUCCGUCAUUAGAUUGUUUUUUCAAAUACAAUGUGUCCUCUGAUCAGUGGUCAGAACUUGUUGCAGAAUUUGGCCAGUUUUUUCACGCUACUCUUGUGAAAGCUGUCCCAGUGAAUUGCACGUUGUAUAUUUGUGACCUUUCUACUUACAAAGUCUACAGUUUUUGUCCAGAAACCUGUGUUUGGAAAGGCGAGGGCUCAUUUGAGUGUGCAGGCUUCAAUGCAGGGGCUAUUGGGAUUUCAGACAAGAUUUACAUUUUGGGUGGGGAUUAUGCUCCUGAUGAAAUCACAGAUGAGGUACAGGUGUACCACAGUAGCAGAUCUGAAUGGGAGGAAGUAUCACCAAUGCCCAGGCCUUUAACAGAAUUUCAUUGUCAGGUAAUUCAGUUUAACAGAUAUAGGGAUCCCUGGAAAGGUCAAUUGUAAUGACCAUUUUUAAUUGGUGAUAAAUAGCUUUCAAUUUAGUCCCAGCUUUUU